UAGUAGCAAGGUCGAGCUACGGUAAUACUGACAUUUGGAUAAUGUUGCCUCAGCCACUGGGUGCCACCGCAUGUCCGAAACGUGGUUCUGUCGCCAACAUGCAGUGAACAUGCGGAAGUUUCAAGGACUUAGUACGCACUGUCUAACAUAUUUUAAUUUUACUGCAUUUUCAAUAAGUUCAGGUCUGACUGUUGCACAGUAAGAUUGUAGCUUUGCCUUCCGGAAAGCUCGCUUUGUAAACACAGCUAGCUGACAGGGGCGAGUUCAUUACGUACUCCGUUAAUUACAGGUGAAUAUGAGCUCCGCUCCAAAUCACGGGACCGUAAACGUUACGGAGACCGGACUGUCCGGCAAACCCGCCUCUGCUGUUUCGUUUGUCGGACAUGUCCAACAGGCCUUUAGCCAUGUGAAGAUAGAAAACCUGGUCGCAGGACUCAGUGGAGGAGUGGUGUCAACACUGGUGCUGCACCCGCUGGACCUGGUCAAAAUCAGGUUUGCAGUGAGUGAUGGCUUGGAAUUACGGCCUAAGUACAGCGGCAUACUGCAGUGUAUGAAAAGUGUCUGGCAGCAGGAGGGACUGAGAGGACUGUAUCAAGGAGUGACACCCAAUGUUUGGGGUGCUGGAGCAUCCUGGGGUCUCUACUUCUUUUUCUACAAUGCAAUCAAAGGGUACACAAAGGAAGGUCGCCAGGCUGAACUGAGUGCCACGGAGCACCUGGUGUCUGCAGCCGCAGCAGGCAUCGUAACGCUCACCCUAACCAACCCGAUCUGGGUGACCAAGACCCGGCUGGUGCUGCAGUACAAUACUGGCCCAACCAGUAAACAGUACAAGGGGAUGGUGGAUGCUCUGGUCAAGAUCUACCGCCAUGAGGGAGUGCCAGGACUAUACAAGGGUUAUGUUCCCGGUCUGUUUGGUACAUCGCAUGGAGCGCUGCAGUUCAUGGCCUAUGAAGAGCUCAAGAGAGACUACAACAAAUACAAGAAAGUGCCUUCAGACACAAAGAUGAACCCAUUGGAAUAUAUCACAAUGGCAGCGUUAUCCAAAAUAUUUGCUGUGGCUACAACGUACCCAUAUCAGGUGGUGCGAGCUCGUUUGCAAGACCAGCACAACACAUACAAUGGAGUUAUUGAUGUCAUAAGACGGACAUGGAGGAACGAAGGCGCCAUUGGUUUCUACAAAGGCAUCGUCCCCAACGUGAUACGCGUCACUCCCGCCUGCUGCAUCACCUUUUUAGUUUAUGAGAAUGUGUCUCGCUUCCUUCUGGGACAAAAUAAAUGAAAAGAAGGGACAUGGACAGCUGCAAGGACUCUGAGUGUGCAGAGAAAGAAGCACCAGACUGAAACUGAACCUUCACAGCACAUGUCAGUGUGCUGAUGUGAGGAGAAUUCAUUUGCACUGGAGAUGAAUGAAAAAGGUGCCAUCAUCAUUAGUAACGAUACAAAUUCUGGACGAAGAUAUCAUCUGUCUGUGAUUCAUCUUAAACUCCGACCGUGGGGAAGAAGCAUGUUGCUGUUCUCUCCAUUGGAUUUAAUGCUGUUGAGUUGCUUUUUUUAAAAGUGUGUUUUCUGGGCUUAUAUCAGGGGAGAGAGAGAAAUAUUUCACCUUAUAGUAGUUAUGUUUACAUACUAUGUUUCAUGGCAGCAGAAAGGGAUACAGGCUGAAACAUUAAAAGCCAAUUGUCAGCUGCAGAGAGAGACCUUCUCAGGUUUAUAGUUGCAUGUAUGUGUAAUAUUAGUUUGUCUCCUUUAAAUUAUUUCUUUAUGUGAACGGCAAAAAUGGAGAGGGUAUUCAGUCUGAACACACCCGCAGGCCUCCAAAAAUCCAUUCUCUGUUGGCAUCAUCUUUGUUUUCCUGCAACAAAUUGUAAUUUCCUUUAUAGCGCUUUGUUAUAAAAUCCAAACUGUGCUUUA